GUGUCGUCGACGUUGCUGUAGUUCCGGGUGCAUGCGCGCGAGAGUCGAACUUCCGGUAGGGAAGACGGACGGAAACCUUGAAAUCGCGUCAUCUUUUGAGAUAAAGAUUUGUGUGUUCACCUGAGCAGGCAUAUGGAGCGUCUUGUCGGUGGUGCAGGGCCCUUGGUUCUGGGUAGUGUCGGGCUAUGGGUGAUGUAUUAUCUCAUGCAGAGACUCCGCCUCAAAAACAGACUUCAGGAUAGUGUGGUUGUCAUCACUGGAGCAAGUUCUGGACUGGGGAAAGAGUGUGCACAUGUCUUCCAUGCCGCUGGGGCACGUCUUAUUUUGUGUGGAAGGAACCAAACAAGACUUCAGGAGCUUGCUCAGGAACUUGGAGAGCCAACAGAUGGCAACAGACAGACGUACACUCCCCGCACUGUCACCUUUGACCUCUCCAACACGGAGACAGUUGCUGCAGCGGGAGAAGAGAUUCUGAAGUGCUACGGUCAUGUGGAUGUCCUCAUUAACAAUGCUGGUAUCAGUUACCGUGGCAGCAUUAUAGACACCCAUGUCUCUGUUCAGCGGGAUGUCAUGGAGACCAAUUUUUUUGGCCCAGUUGCCCUGACCCAGGCCAUUCUUCCCUCAAUGGUUCAGAGGCGGAGUGGACACGUUGUGGCCAUUAGCAGUGUCCAGGGGAGAAUCGCCAUUCCUUACAGAUCAGCCUACGCUGCGUCCAAACAUGCCACACAGGCAUACUUUGACUGCCUUAGGGCGGAAGUGGAGAGAUUUGGACUGCAGGUGACAGUGAUCAGCCCCGGGUACAUCAGAACCAAUCUGUCAUUCAAUGCCGUCACUGGAGAUGGAUCACAAUAUGGGGUUAUGGAUAAAACAACUGCAACAGGACGUGACCCAGUGGAGGUAGCCCAUAGUGUUCUGAGGGCUGUCAAUCAAAGACAGAAAGAUGUUCUGUUGGCUGGUCCACUGCCCACUGUGGCUGUGUACAUCCGCACCCUUUGGCCCGCCCUCUUCUUCAAACUGAUGGCAUCCAGAGCCCGCAAAGAACAGAGAUUAAAAGAGGAGUGAAGGAGAAGACUAAAACAAAAAGAGGAAAAAGAGACAGAAAGAGAUCCAGCUGAGAGAGAAUAGAGACGGAAGAAAAUGGUUAGCAAAGGACGGAAGGGAAUGGACAUCCUGUUUUUCUUUCCUGUUGCUUUGUCUGAAUGUAAAGUGAUUGGGCCUGUGGGUCAGCCUAAGCUGACAACAUGGACCAAUGCAGUAAUAGUCCUCUGCUGCUCCAGCUUUGUGCUGAUUUGUUGUUGAGUACUUUCUCUAUUCUAGUAUGACAGGUUAAUGACUUAAUAAGUGCUGUUAAUCCUUUGUGAAAACAGACAAGGUAGUGAAGUUCACAACAAAGUUACUGGACAAUGCCUAGUGUAUGUGGUCCAGAAAUAUGAAUAAAAAAAUGACGGAUUGGUGUAAAGUUAUUGUUCAUCACUAGUUUUUAUUAAUAUUGACAUGGGAAAAUAACAGCAACCGUUUUGGUAUGGGGGUGCUGGGAAAUGGCUUUGAGAAAAAUAUUUAUGUUAGAAACUCAAAACCCAACCAUCUUGUACAAAUAAACAGGGUUUUAGAAAAUACUUUUUUUUCAUGAAGUUGGACCAUGUUGAAUUGUUGCUUCUGCAAAAUAACUUUUUGAAUGAACAUGCAUUUGAAUGCAUGUAAGAUAAAAUAAAAACUACAAGCUUUA